AUGCUGCGCAUAAAUAAGUUAUUUGGUUAUUAUCCAGAAAGUCCAACAUAUGACUUGUUUGCUAACAGUUCGCUAGAUUUUGAAGCAUAUAAAAUAUGUGACCAAGUAGCGAAUGUAACAGCUUGCUGCAACGAUGACCGAAUGUUGUUCCAGUGUUCUGUCAUGGAAGGAAAUACAAAUGUAACUAUAGUACAAUAUCCAAAAUUUGGUUAUCCCUAUUGCUUCUAUCCGUUCAAUAAUCAAGACGGUUAUAUGCAACCAUUUGUCAUGAUCCAAUUGUUCAACUUGAUACCGAAUAAGAGAACUGGAAUUCAAUGUGUGCCAACAGCACCGGACCUUCAGGCAAGAUCACUCAUAUUAUGGUUUGAAAUUACAUCAAAAAGAAAAAAUUAA